GCCGGAGGGAGGGCAGGGGCCAGGGCCAGGCGAGAGGGCGACGGGGCCGGUGGAGAGCCGCAGCUCGAGGAAAGAUGAGACGAUUCCAACAAGAUCAUGGCGGAGCACAGCCACAAGCAAAAGCCGCUCGAUUUACAGAAUGGUAGCUUAGAGGCCAGCUUUGUGGCAAAUUCCCUCGAGGACAGUUCCCCAAACAUGAUGGAGAGCCUGAGCCCGAAGAAAUAUUCCUCCAGCCUGAAGUUUAAAGCCAAUGGAGACUAUUCGGGCUCUUACUUAACCCUCUCACAACCUGUGGCUGCUAAGAGAAGCCCUUCCCCUCUGGGAUCCAAUGUCAGGAGCAGCCCCUCGCUGGCCAAAAUCCAGGGAAGCAAGCAGUUCUCCUGUGAUGGAACUGACAAAAGUAUUUCCAUGAAACCACCCACCCCUCUCCUCAGCACUUCCCCCUCCCUCAGUGGGUACCCACUUGGGAAAGCGGACUUUGAUCAUUAUACUGGCCGGGACAGCGAAAGGUCCUUGAGGCUCGCAGAGAAGCCUCCCUAUUCCAAAUACAGCUUAAGGAAUAAAUCCCAUGACAAUGUCUACUUUCUCGGGGGGCUGGAAGGCCGAAAGGCGUCUGGCUCACUCCUGACCAUGUGGAAUGGAAGUUCCCUGAGCGACACUGGCCCCUCUCCCAUCAGCAGAUCAGGGGCGGCAAGCAUGCCUUCAAGCCCAAAGCAAGCCAGGAAAAUGAGCAUCCAGGACAACCUGACCCUUCAGCCCAAGCUGAGCCGACACAAGGAGCUGGCGUCUGAAAACAUCGGUUUAAGAACCAGGAAGUAUUCAGGGAGCAGCCUGAGUCACAUGGGAGCCUAUAGCCGCUCUCUCCCCAGGUUACACAGGGCCACUGACAACCAGCUGACGCCCCUCAGUUUGCCUCCCAGAAACUCUCUGGGCAAUUCCAAACGAACGAAACUGGGGGAAAAGGAUCUACCUCAUAGCAUCAUAGACAACGACAAUUACCUGAAUUUUUCUUCUUUGAGUUCAGGGGCUUUACCCUAUAAACCCUCCGCAUCGGAGGGGCAUCCUUAUGUCAGUUCCACCCUCAGCGUCCCUGCCAGUCCUCGAGUGGCUCGGAAGAUGCUUCUGGCCUCCACCUCCUCCUGCACCUCUGAUGACCUUGACAGGGCUCCCUACUCUGGGCCCGGCCCAGGGCACUUGUUUCCUCCUGGGGACGUGUUUUCCGCCAGGAGGAACUUCUCCUGUGGGUCUGUCGAGUUCGAUGAUGCAGACCUGGAGAGCCUCAGACAGGCCUCAGGAACUCCCCAACCCAUCCUUCGGGAGAGGAAAAGCAGCAUCAGCUCCAUUUCCGGCCGUGAUGACCUGAUGGAUUAUCACCGGCGGCAGAGGGAGGAGAGACUCAGGGAGCAGGAGAUGGAGCGACUGGAGAGACAGCGCCUGGAGACGAUCCUCAGUCUCUGUGCUGAAUACACGAAGCCUGACAGUCACUUGUCCACCGGCACCACCGUAGCCGACGUGCAGAAGAUCAACAAGGAGCUUGAGAAGCUGCAGCUGUCUGACGAGGAGUCCGUGUUUGAGGAAGCCGUGGUGAGCCCUGAUGCCAGGUACAGGUGCCACCCGAAAGGCUCUCUCCACGAUGCCAACUCAGCGGUCUUCGGGAGCUUUGGGCAGAGCGGUGCCGGCUUCCUUUCCCCCAGGAGCAUCAGGAAUGAUGAGCUGCUCAGGGACCUCACACCUGCCUUCCUGAAAACGUCCAGCGAGUCUGCUUAUCUUAGUAUCCUACCCAAGACCCCUGAGGUUAUAAAUGAUGAACAAAGGAUUCAGGAGUUGGCAGCAAUGGAAGAGACCCGGAUAGCAGUUCUGAAUAACCUCGAGGAACUUGAACAAAAAAUCAAAGAUAUCAAUGACCAGAUGGACGAAUCUUCCAGAGAGUUGGAUAUGGAAUGUGCUCUUUUGGAUGGAGAACAGAAAUCCGAAACAACUGAACUUAUGAAAGAGAAGGAAAUUUUGGAUCAUCUAAAUCGGAAAAUAGCAGAACUGGAAAAGAACAUUGUUGGUGAAAAGACUAAGGAGAAGGUAAAGCUUGAUGCUGAAAGGGAAAAACUAGAGAGGCUUCAGGAGCUUUACUCCGAGCAGAAGACCCAGCUGGACAAUUGUCCUGAGUCCAUGAGGGAACAAUUACAACAACAACUGAAGAGGGAUGCCGACCUGUUGGAUGUGGAGAGCAAACACUUUGAAGACCUGGAAUUCCAGCAGCUUGAGCGUGAGAGCCGUCUGGAUGAGGAGAAGGAGAACCUGACCCAACAGCUCCUACGUGAAGUAGCUGAGUAUCAGCGGAACAUCGUGACUCGAAAGGAAAAAAUUUCUGCACUGAAAAAGCAAGCCAAUCACAUUGUCCAGCAGGCUCAGAGAGAACAAGAUCAUUUUGUGAAAGAAAAAAAUAAUUUAAUAAUGAUGUUACAGAGAGAAAAGGAAAAUCUUUGUAAUUUGGAAAAGAAAUACUCCAGCCUCUCCGGGGGGAAAGGGUUUCCUGUCAACCCCAGUACUCUGAAAGAGGGCUAUAUCAGUGUAAAUGAAAUUAAUGAGCCAUGUGUCAAUUCCACGAAUCUAUCCCCUUCCACUCAGUUCCCCGCUGACGCUGAUGCUGUUGCCACUGGGCCUACCACAGCUGUGCUGGUGAGCCAGCCACAAAAUAAAGAGCAAAGAUCACCUGUCUGUUCUGGAUUUAUGUUUCCUUCCACCCUCUCUCCUCAUCCUGUCACUCAACCUCCAUCAGCCCCUUGGCCCGAAGUCCUGGCUCCGUCUGUCGAUCCUUUCCCAUUAAAUGACACACCUCCUCCUCUACCAGCUAAGAAACACAGAAGGCAGCGGCAGCAGCAGGAGCAACAGCAUUUUAGAAGUCUGGAAGAAAGGAAAAAACAGCAUAAAGAAGGCCUCUAUCUGAGUGACACUUUGCCUCGAAAGAAAACCACACCUUCCAUAUCCCCACAUUUCAGCAGUGCUACUAUGGGGAGAAGCACCGCCCCAAAGGCUCACCUGCCCCUGGGACAGAGCAACAGCUGUGGCAGCGUCCUCCCUCACUCGCUGGCGACAAUGACCAAAGACUCAGACUCUCGGAGGACGCUCAGAGGAAAGUCCAAGAAAGGAAGAAUGAAUUUCUCAGCAGGAGCGAUUAGUAAUUCCAAAAAUUCAAGUAUCAAAGGGUAUAAUCACCAACAGAUGAGUGAAGGACAAAGGCAGAAAUCUUCUGACUUUUACAACCGCACAGCCUCUGAAUCAAAUGUCUACUUGAACAGUUUCCACUACCCCGAUCACAGCUACAAGGACCAGGCCUUUGACACGCUGAGCCUAGACAGCUCCGACAGCCUGGAAACCAGCAUCUCCGCCUGCUCGCCUGACAAUAUCUCUAGUGCCAGCACGUCAAAUAUUGCCAGGAUAGAAGAAAUGGAGAGACUUUUGAAGCAGGCUCACGCAGAGAAGACCCGGCUGCUUGAGUCCAGGGAACGGGAAAUGGAAGCCAAGAAACGAGCUCUGGAAGAAGAAAAACGACGCCGAGAACUUCUGGAAAAACGAUUGCAGGAAGAAACUAGCCAGCGGCAGAAAUUAAUUGAAAAGGAAGUAAAAAUACGGGAGAAACAGAGGGCACAGGCUCGACCUCUGACGCGCUAUCUGCCUGUCCGGAAGGAAGACUUUGAUUUGCGAAGCCAUGUAGAGACUGCUGGCCACAAUAUCGAUACCUGUUAUCAUGUGUCAAUCACAGAGAAGACCUGCCGAGGAUUCCUUAUCAAAAUGGGUGGAAAAAUUAAAACGUGGAAAAAACGAUGGUUUGUUUUUGAUCGGAACAAGCGCACAUUCUCUUAUUAUGCAGACAAGCAUGAAGCUAAAUUAAAAGGAGUGAUAUACUUCCAAGCCAUUGAAGAAGUGUAUUAUGAUCACCUCAAGAACGCUAAUAAGAGUCCUAACCCACUACUCACCUUCAGCGUCAAGACGCACGACAGAAUCUACUACAUGGUCGCGCCGUCGCCGGAAGCCAUGCGGAUCUGGAUGGAUGUGAUCGUCACCGGCGCGGAAGGGUACACGCACUUCCUGUUGUAGGGCCGGGGCGCCACCGCCGACGGCAGGGCAGGCUGCAGUAAUCUCCUACGAGAACGAAGCCAUGUUCGAUCCCAGACCGGAGGACCCGGCGCACCCAUCCCUCUCGCUGUGUAUACUCAGAACUCCUUUUAUAUUAACAGGAAGUCAUUUAUAAAAGAGAAGAAAAGGGGUUUACAUCCAAAGCUGGAUCAUAAAUAGCAAAAGGAUUGAAGCACCCAUGAGAAAAAAA